CACAUGCAUGAGGAAUCAUGCCCGGAUUAGAAACCCGCCUUUAAGACUGCCUUUCUCUACCUGAACAAUGGCUGUAGUCAGUGUGAGUGAAACCUGCCUCAGGUCGAGGUAACCUCACUGGUUGUAGACAGAGCCUUAAUAAAGCUACAGAGAGAUUACAGGUCUGACAGAGGAAGGGGGAAAAAAGGUGAAGUCUCCACCGGAUCCCAUCUUUGCAUCACCUCAUAGUGGCUCACGCUGAGGCAUUUAUAUGAGGAUCUAGGGCCACGCAGAGUCACCAAGCUCACGGCAAGGCAUCCCUCCACAACACCGCGCUGGAAGUCGCCCCCCAUGUGGCCAGCCGGGGUGGGCAGCAGGCUGCCGUGUCCGCGCGACUCCGCGCUGCGCAGGGCUGCCAUCAGCGGGAAUGUGCUCGCGCUGCCGCCACAGCACGUGCCCACGGGCAGGAGCGUGCGCGUCUUCAUCUGCGCCAACCCUGACGAUACGGAAGCAGAGAGAAACGCUCUGAAAGAACAUGUCUACCCCAAACUGAGAGACUUCUGUAGAGAGAAUUAUGGCAUUGAGUUCCAGGUGGUGGACUUGUACUGGGGGGUGGACCCAGAAGAGUGGGACAGUCCAGAACUACAGAGACUGCGGAUGAAGCUUCUGGAAGAAUGUCUGAAAACAUCUGCAGGUCCAUGCUUUGUUGGUUUGGUGGGGGAGAAGUAUGGAAGUAUUCGGGUUCCAGGGGAGGUGGAGUCGGCUGAGUUUGAGAUGAUUCUGGAUGCAGCUGUGGAAGCAGGUCUGGACACGCGGCUCCUGGAGGAAUGGUACUGCCGGGAUGAAAACUCAGUACCGCCGGCAUACUACCUCAAACCCAAAGCCCAGAUGCUGAAGAACUAUCAGAACUCGAUGGAGUCAAGCAGCGCUGCAAAGUCCAAGAAUGAUAAGGCCUGGAGGGCCGUCUCUGAAGAGAUCAAGAAAAUCUUCAGAACUGCAGUUCUACAACUACAGGAGAAGGGAACCAUGAAGAGUGCACAGGCCAAGAAAUUCCUCUGCUCAGCGCUAGAGGACGAACUGGACUUUGCUUUAGGAAAACAAACUCCAGCCUUCUUGAAGAAGUGUGUGUGCUACAUACGCAAAAUUUCCAACUUCGACCGCUUUGCCAAAUUACCAGAGAUGGCGCGCUAUAUGGACAUUGUCACAAGUGGGGACCGCGUCAUGAGAAACCAGGAGGCCUAUGAGAGGCUUCUUAAAGUCAGAGAUGAGUUCAUCCCCACUGUAGUUGCAGCGUCCAAUCUCCGCGUCUAUUCCUCAGUCACCCACUGCGACAUGAAGCUGGGCUAUUCCCAAGAGGUGGAAAGCCACUAUGUGGAAGGCCUGUGUAAGCAGUUCUAUGAAGAUAUGGUGGACAUCAUUCAGGCUACAGUACAACAAAACUUUGAUACAGAGACUGAUCCACUAUAUGAUGAGAUCAUACAGCACCUUUCACUCUGCAAGACCUAUUCCUCAUUCUAUGUCUAUAAGAGUGAGGCUCUGGAUAUGGUGCUGGAGUACAUGUACCCCUCCAAAGGAGGAAGGAUAAUGCCCCUAGUGGUGUAUGGAGGUCCUUGCACAGGGAAGACAUUGUUGCUUGCUGAGGUGGCUAAACAGGCAUACUCAUGUCUUCAGAAAGAAAUGGGGCCAGAAACAGAUCCUGUGGUCAUUGUUCGCUUUAUUGGCUCCUCUGACCUCUCUACAGACCUUCGUAACUUUCUCCAAAGUAUCUGUGAGCAGAUUGCCAUCAACUACCGCUGCUUGAUCCAUUUUCUACCACACAAGAUCCAGGAAAUGAGAGAAUUGCUGGUUAACCUACUGGGAGAGUCAUCCUUCCACCGUCCCCUAGUCAUCAUCUUGGAUGCCUUGGAACAGCUGUCAGAAGCAGAUGACGCCCGUAAACUUUGGUGGCUGCCUAUCCACCUUCCUCGAACAGUUCGCAUUGUGGUAUCAACCCUGCCCAACAAGCAUGGGAUACUACAGAAAUUGCGAUGCCUGAUUCAUGAUGAGGACUGUUAUGUAGAGCUAAUGCAAAGGGACCGCAAGGCAUGUAGCCAGACACUCAAACAACAGCUUCUGAGUGUCAAACGAAAGGUAACCUCAGGUCAACAGAUAUAUGUAAACGAAGCACUGGCUAAAUGUACACUGCCCAUGUUUGUCAACCUUAUUUAUCGUGAGGUGGUACACUGGCGGUCACACAAAGAUGUAGAUGAUAAGUCCCUGUGCUCAACGGUACAUGAGAGUAUAGAGCAGCUCUUCUAUUCCAUUGAGAGGAAGCUAGGGUCUCGCUUUGUCUUCCGUGCAUUGGGCUACAUUACAAUGGCACGUGCAGGGUUGACAGAAGUGGAACUGGAGGAUAUACUGUCUUUGGACAAUAGUGUACUUGGUGACAUCAUGGUCAGCUCAAAUCUAAAGAGUCCGCUUCGAAUCUCCUAUGAUCUCAUUGCUCGACUAAAAGAAGAGCUGGAGGGUUACUUGGUGGAGAGACAGGUUCGCAAUGUAACUCUGAUGGUUUGGGCAAACCGGCAUCUGCAUCUUAUUGCACAAAAACUGUACCUCAGUAAUGAAGAGGAUGUGCAUCAGAUGCACAGCCUGUUGGCUGAGUACUUCCUUGGUGCAUGGGCAGGUGGUAGAAAGAAGAUCUUCCACUGCGACAACAAUCACUUUGCCUCAUUAAACAUCUCUCAGCAUCGGAAUCCUCAUCACCAACAGAGCCUUCAUGGGCAUGACAAAGCAUCUGCUGACAAGCACUCUUAUGACCGACAAUCUCCUGAACAACCCUGGGUGUUCCAGUGCAACUUGCUCGAGCCUGAUAUCUUCUUUGUCAAUCACAGAAAAAUGACAGAAUUGCUGUUUCAUUUGACAAGGAGUGGGCGGACAGAUGACCUCAUGUAUGGUGUAAUCAUGAAUUUCAGUUGGCUCUAUACCAUGAUAAAAAUUGGGCAAUUUGACAAAGCCUUGAUGGACAUUGACAUGGCUUACAGUUACACACAAGAAAAGGAGCUCAAGUUUCUUGCUAGCACACUACGCAGCAUAAAGGUCAAGGUGAUCAAGAACCCUGCGUCACUGUCUGCUGAACUUCAGCAAAGGCUUCUUCCUGUAGUUACAUCCCUUCCCAAACUCAGACACCUCUUACUAGAGUGUGACAAGGAUGGACCUAAAUACUGCUCCAUAGUGCCCCUCCACUCUUCCAUGGAUGUCACUUACAGUCCUGAGAGACUCCCGCUGUGCUCUAGCUACAUGCAAAUUGUGGAAAUUCUUCCCACAUUGGCCCCAAACAUUGUAAUCGUAGCUCUUGAGGAUGGCUCCAUCAGUACAUGGGAUGUAGAGAGCAGACAGUUGUUGAGACAGAUAGACACAGCAAGGUCAGUUGUUCUUGGUGUUAGGCUCACUACAGAUGAGAAGUACCUUGUGGUUGCCACCACAAAAAACACACUACUCAUUUAUGACAACCAUAAAUCCUGUUUGUUGUCAGAGGUGGAUGUUAAAGGCUCGAAGCACUGUGGCAUCACAGGAGGAGUUGCAUUCAUCAAUGGGUUUACCUUGUCCAGUCACCAUGCCUUAGCUUGGUUGGAGGCCAGCAAGGAUGUCAAUGUGAUUGACCUGCUCUAUGGCUGGCCGCUGUAUCAGUUCCAUUGCUGGUAUGAGGUAACUUGUGUUGAAUGCUCCCCAGAUGGAAUGUAUGCUUUCUGUGGGCAAUACCUAAACACCACUACCAUUUUCCACCUUGGAAGUGGAGAUAAGCUUGCCACAAUGACCUCUGAGUUUUCUGGGGGAUUUGUGAAGUCCAUCCUGGUUCUGGACACAAUCCACCAAAUGGUGAUGAUUGACAAUGAAGGCAGUCUUUCUGUUUGGAAUACCAAAGAUAUCACAAAUCCCAGGCUUAUGGAGGACUAUGACUGUCGAGGGGAUGAAAGUGAGGUGGUAGGGAUAGAACUAUCAGAGGAUCAAAGAUCCAUCCUUAUUUGCAAAGCAAGAAGCAUUGAGGUGCUUGAUACUAAGCUUUGGAAGAUGGUAGAAAAGUUCAGGGCCAAGCGUAGUGAGAAAUUUGUGGCUGCUGUGCUGUCAAAAAAUGGCCAAAGUAUCGUGGCCUCCAUGGAAAACACCUCAUCCAUAUUUGUGUGGAGAAGAGACAGCGGACAGUGCAUGGCUAGUUUGAUAGAGAUAUCAGGAGCCAUUGUCAAGUUGAUCAAGUCAGCACAUCAUAACUUGCUCUUGUCCGUAGCUAGCAGUGGGGUUCUCUCAGUUUGGGACAUCGACAUCAUUACAGCAAUGUCAAACAUUGAUAAAACAGGAAAACGUAUCCAAAGUGUUCAGCUAUCAGGCAGAGAGGACUUUGUGUACACAAUGGAUGGGUCUGAAGCCAUUCAUAAGUGGAACUUCAGCACAGGUUUCAUUGAGAUGGUGUUUAAGCACGAAGGGCUUGUGGAGAACUGUGUUCUUACUACAUCCGGUGACCUCAUGGUAACAUCCGAUGACAAAUGUAGCCAGUACAUCUGGCACACAACCACAGGCGAAAAUAUCUUCCGAAUCAAUGGCCAAAAGAUAUCCCAACUUCUCAUCACCCAUAAUGACCAAUUUGUGGUCUCUCUUUGUGAGCAAAAUGCUUCUCGUGUCUGGAGACUUGCUACAGGACACAAAGUGUGCAACAUCCUGGUAACUCUUCAGCAUGCUCUCAUCACCACAGCAAACACUUUCCUAGUUGGCACAACAAAAAACAAGCUGUUGGCCGUUAGCUUGUGGUCAGGCAGUGUAUCCAAGAAAUUUAUCUGUGAUGAUGGCAUCACAAUCAUAAACUUUAAGCUAAUUCCAGACAGUCCAGACUAUGUAGUCUUCAUCACAUCAACAGAGACUGUUUUCAUAUGGAGCGUAGCAGACGAGUCUGUCUGUAGAAGGGUGCAGCUACCAAGCAACUUCUUGAAGAACUUAGAAGACUUCCAAAUCUCACCAAAUGGGAAGCUGGGAAUUGUGUCCAAAGGAGAUGAGAACAUUAAUGUCCUAGAUUUGCACAGUGGCAAACUCCGCCUUGUCCAUGCUGCUGGCAUAAUAUGGAGGCAGAAGCUGUCACGGGAUGGACGGUACUUGGUGUACAUCUGUUUCCGUAACUGUGAUGAGGAUGAUGAUGCAGGCGUGGUUUCUAGUUUGAUUGUCAUGCGACUCGCUGAUGGGAAGAGUAUUGGUACCUGUUCACUCUACAAGACACCAACCUACUUGUGCCUGUCACAACGAGCACUCAACAUUAUCGUUGGCUUUGAGGAUGGCAGCAUUGGCACCUAUACAGUUGUGGACCGUGUGGAUGCAGCCCUCAAAAUCAAGAUUGCCACCUCCAACAGCCGCCAGAUCGUUAACAAUGCCUCACAAAAAGUGCGACCCAAGUGUAGCACCAAUGCCUUCAAGACCGUUGCUGAUUGCGUGUGGAGGGAGUCCACUGAAGUCUUCUCUAGAGACAGCCCCAUCAAUGUCUCAGACAGUGGGGAGCCAGAGACAACAACACCCACAAAGAAGAGUGAAGUACUGCAGUGAGAGGGCCCUCUUCAGGACAGUAGAGAUUAAUGUGAAUGGGGCCAGAUUUGGAUGCAGUUGAUUCUUGUUUACAGCAACCUUGUGACUUGUUCAGUUGCACAAAUCCGUUAUCAGUUGUUGUUGUUACUGGCCAAUUACUAUAAACGCUGCACUCAGUUGAGCCACUUUCAUUCUGUUGUCCCUCAACAGUUGAUAUUACACAGCAUAUAACGUGUAAUUUCAGAAAUAUCAGUGUUACAUAGAUCCUUUACAUUGCUCUAUUCAUUCUGAUGGGCUUUAUCAUGUUUUUCCUAUGUAAGUGCAUAUAUUUCAGAUACACUGUUUCAUUCAAAUCAAGCCAUAAUGUUACUUUAUACAGAAAUACAUAGAAAUGUUAUAUAUUUGUAGCCAUAAAACAUUUGCUGCCAUUUUUUGUUUUUUGUUGUCAUCUUUUUCUUAAUGUCGCCUGGAAGUAUAUGAUAAAGAAAACUUGUGUACAUGUGUACAUAUCUAUUUUGGCUGCUGCAAUUUGUGCAACUCCUUAACAAUGUUUUGUUGUGCUUAAUGCAAUCAAAGAGAGUGCCUGGAUUUUAAGAUGUUUUUCUUAUAAGUACUAAUGACUAAAAAGAUGCAGGGAAUUUGUAACACACAACUAUCUUGAUACUGAUAUUCAUCAAUACAAUAAAACAUACUACGAUGAAACAAACAACAAAUAACAAAUCUGAUUCAUUCAAAGUUGCUGAUCAUCACAGCAUAAUUAUUUCAGGAAACAAUAUUAUAAAGGCUGUUUAUAGUGUUAUGUUAAUGCAUUUCUUGUAUUAAAUUGAAAAUAAGGAUGGAAAGAAAAUUAUCGCAAGCUGAAAAUGUUGCAUAUUGGUAGUUGGAUUAAACCAUUACUGAGUAUUUAACAUUUGAGCAUUGUGUGUAGCAUCUCGCCAGGAGUAUCUACGCCUUAAAAAGUGGUGUCAUAAGUUAUGCCAAGUUUAGUUUGUUGCUGUUUUUCAUGUCCCUAGUGAGGUGAAGUGUGAAUGUGUGAUAGUUGAAAAAGAAUACUUUGUACUUUCAUGUAAUAAAUUACUUACAUAGAGACAUAUAGCUACGUGUUAUUAAAAACAAGGUUGCCACAAGCCAGUUUUAGGGAUUGCACUUUAUUUUUGAACAGUUCUUUGUUUACCACAGUUGACUUCUAUUGAGUGUAGACUAUGACGCAAAUACUCAUCUACUAACUGGUGGUUAAGUAUGGCCUGUGAAGAUUUGCAUUUUGCCUUCAGUUAUGGGUAUAUUCUGGCAUGCUCAACACAAUUAUCAGUCAUGCCUCACUCAAUCUCCUCCAUAACUCUAAGGGCUAUUCCGACAAAUUGUAUGUUUACCUCUGGAAUUGUUGAGAAAUAGGCCCAUUUUCAACUAACAACCUGUAGCAUUAUUCAGGUUUGUCACACUUCUCCCCUCAAAGUGCAAAUUUUCAAAACUCAGUAAUAUUAUAUGGUACUUUGCCAAAGUUUUUUCCUUUGUGUUAAAAUAUUUGUCUUAUCAUUUGUGACUUAAUUGAACAUUAUCUUUUAUGGCUUUAUUGUACCUCCCAGUGUGACUUAUGUUAACUAUAAUAGAAGAAAUGUAUUAUCUUUGCUAAGAAGUUUGAGAAGUCCAUAUUGUAUUGGAAUGCUAGUUUUAGAGUAUAUCUGAAUGUCACUAUGAGAGCAGAACAUGGCAUAUUGUACGUUAUGUGACUUGAAUGACUUUUAAUUAUAUACAUGUUUGCAAAACAUAGUUGGCAUACUGGUAAUGAAUGUGUUUAUUGUAUUCUUUGUAUAGUCAUGACUGAACUCCCUGUUUAGAGAUUUCUAUAUUUUCAUAAAUGUUGUACUUACAUUUUGUUACAAAGUUGUUUUAAAGAAAAAAAGAGAAAAAACUUCUGUCUGAAGCAAUAUGAACUAGUGUGUAUGCAUUGUUUGUAUGAAACAUUUUAAUGUAAUAAAAUGGUUCUCUUUUUGCCUCUUAA